AUGCGGUAGCGCGGAUAUUUUUUAGCUCAAUUCCCAUAAGUUUCUUUAUUAGAUUAGUUAGCCGGUGAACGAUCUAAAUGAAGCCCUAUCUCAAAGAAAUGUCUCUUGUCUAAUAAACGCCCUCCCACGCCCCUGUGAUGUUAAGUUUGUAUUAGACGCCCCAAAAUAAAAGAAAAAGGCAAAGCAAAAUCAUUUAAUUUAUGAAGUUUCAUGGUUGAUAAAAAGAGGUUUACGCAUGGCAUCACGUUCAAUGUCAAGUUCAAAGUAACGAUUGGCUGGCGAUGACAACGAAAUGUACCUGAACGAGGAUUCUUACAUCGAGUUAGGAUUAAAAAGAGCGAAAUGGAUCUCUAGUCGACCUAGACGUAACAGUGGAUGGAAUGAAUAUUCUGCUAUUUGUAAACUCUAUUGGCACUUUCUCAGAAAGCAUAUAAAUUUUGUUGAACUUGUUACAGUUAUGAGAAUACACGCCUCCCCUUUGCUUUAAGUGGAGUAGGUACCAGAGGUUUUCUCGAGCGUGUGACGAGGAGCUUCGUCGGCCGCAGGCAGGCCGACUGGCCGAAGACACGAACGGCGAAGCCGUAUAAACGAAACCGGAAACCGCGUAUGAAAAGCCUCUGGCACCCAGGGUAUAAGUGAAACGGAUUUUAAAAGAAAGAAUUACAAAACAUCUAUUGAUGUUUCACAGCUUAGCUUAAAAGCGAAAAAACAGUAACCUCCAUGUCUAGCAUAUUUUGGAAGCAUAGUCGUAUUUAUAGUUCGUAGAUUUUGGUUCAGGUUGUAGCUUCUGAGCAUGGGCAAGAGCCUCAUGUUUAAAACUCUUUACUUGAGACAGUUUUAUACCUUUUUACUCCUUAAUGUUUAUUAUAAAAAGCAAUUUUAAAAAAACGCGGCUCCAAAAAAUGAAGCAGGCUGCAGAGAAAAUAGCUUUUUAUUUUUGAUGGCUUGGCUCUUUGGAAGUUUUCUCUGAAAUGCAAGACCGAAGCGUUGUUCUGAGACGGUUAUUAUGACAAUGUGUUGAUCAAUAAAGUGUCAACUCAGAGGCGGACCAUUAGAAAAGUGAAGAAGGGUUGUAGGCAUUUUUUCCACGUGAUUUUUUUGGGGGUGGUGGGGCGGGGGUCCCACCCUUUCUUAAAUUUGCAAAUGGUCUGCCCUUGUGUAUGUAUGGGACAAACAGGGUAAGUAACGCUGAAAAAAGGCGGCUAUUCACAGCUUUAUCCCUACCUCGCUUCUCUCACGCUGCCCUGCCGCAAAGUACACCAGUUUAAAAACGUAUUAUUUUGCACUGCUGAAAGGGGUCAGGGUUUUCCCCGCGGACGUAGUAAACGAGUCUUUUCUGUAAUGCGUGACGUAAGUGCCAUAAUCGGAUGGGCUGUACUGACAGUAUUUUUAUAAGGGUAUUUAGUUUUGAAAUGAGCUGAUGCUUUUUGUUUGCUUUAUCUGCAAAGAUAAAUAACGCAGAAAAAUGGCGGCUUUGGAUUGUUUUAUCUUUAUCUCGCUUCUGUCGAGCUGCCUUGCGGCAAAGUACGCCAUGUUUCCUAUGUUUACAAGAAGCCACUACCUGGUGUUCGCCAAACUUGGGGAAGAACUCACUGCCAGAGGUCACGAGGUAAGAUAUUAAAAUCGAUUGACACUCUUGAUCCGCUUGAGCAAACUGUUUUGCCUGCAAUUUCUACUAGCUGGUUCAGUUAAGUUUCAAAUGAUUAAGAUUUUAAUCAAGUUUCCUUUCGGAGAAAAACAGCAUUCUGGUGCAACUGCGCGGCCAUUUAAAACUUGCUAUAGCCGUCUAAUAUGUGGAAGAGAAAAAUAUUUCAAAGUGGCUGAGCAAGACACCCCCUAGGAUUACUAGGAAUGAUGUUGAUUGUGUAAACUCGGAUGUAAACACAGAUUCUAGCCUUCUUUAUCAUCGUUUAAAUUUAAUUCGUUAUGGUCGCUACUGUUGGCGAUGCAAAAAAAAAUUCAGCCAACCCCCUUACGAUCUAAGUCUGACACAAGCAGACAAGUAACCACAUAAUCGCCACGAUCGCUAACAAGGACGGAAUUGCUUAAAAAUGUGGCAUAAGAGUCACUUCAGGAAUUGAAUUUCGAUGCGUUCCUAUCCUUGUUCCAGUGAAACGAAUAUGGUCAUUAAGGCUUGCGAGCGUUACCAAACAGACCAAAGGUCUUUUCGAAUGUACCGAAAUUUUUUAGGAAAAAAAAAACCGACUGAAAACGACUUAAAUAGGUGGAACUAUCUUUUUUUCCAACUUUAAAUUUCCUAUAUUACUAUUUACCUCCAAAACUCUUGCAUAAGCAUCAUCGUCAAUUUCUCCCGGGACGACUGUAAUUCCCAGGAGGAAUUGGAAACAAUGGUUAUGCAAAUUUUGGGGAAUGCGGGGAUAAACAAGAUGUAUUAUUAGCAACGCGAAAAUGGUGAAUGAUUUUUUUUUUCCAUUUCAGGUGAAAAUUUUCGUUGGUGAUACCGAAACUUUCACCCACAAAGAUCCGUUAGCAAUUCCAUUUAAAACUUCUGAAAGUUUCAAGAAAGUCAUGCAAAUGAUAGGGAAGGCAGUGGGAAAAUCUGGGAAGAACACUGUGAAUGAAAUGAGAGGAUUGGCAAGUCUUCAGAAUCUUUACCGUGACGAUUUUCUUAGUAACGCUGAGGUAAUGAAGGGAGCCGGAAACGCAGAUCUCAUUGUCGGAGAUUCCCUUUACAUCUGUGGAUCACUUAUUGCCGCAAAAUUCUCCUUACCUUUUGUCACUGUAUUCACAAACUCGCUUAGUGCGCCUACGGCGCAUGCUUAUGGCUUACCGCUGACCCCUUCUUACGUACCACAGUUUAAGUCUGCCCUUAGUGACCAGUUGAGUUUUAUCACCAGAAUACAGAACGUGUAUCAUUGGAUUCUAAAUUACUGGGCAUAUUACAAUGGAAUUGUUCCUUACUUUCAAGACUUAAAAGAUCGCCACAAGAUUGAGCCCGACAAGAGUCUCCAUGUGAUAUUAAAUCGGGUUGACCUCAUCAUUGGACAAAUGGGCUUUUUUCUUGAUUAUCCUCGACCGGUUUUGCCAAGUAAGUAAUGAACCGCUGGAGAGCGGGGGGGGGGGGGGGGGUGGGAGGAAAAAAAAACCCAAAAAGGGCCAAAUUGGGGGGUGGGCUCCGGGGAGGGAUUCGUGGGGCAAAAAAAAUCAAAUAAACCUGGUACAAAACCCCCCCCCCCCCCAAAAAAAAGGGGGGUUGAAAAUUAAAAAACCCUAGCUUUACUAAAAAAUGCAUUCUUGAAAAACCCCCAACGCCUGGCAAACAAAAAAAUGGCCCAGGGGUGAGUUACAAAACCCAAACGAGGAAAAGCGGUCUGGCUAAAGAAAAACACCGCGAAAACCAAAACAAGGAAAAUGAAAAGCUUCUGUGCCAAAAAAUUUAUUUUUUUUCCACCCAUACAGGUUGUGUGUAUGUUAAUAUAAUUAUCCUAUGAUGAUAUCUUUGUUUUUCAUCUAAACAAAAGAAAAAAAAAAAAACGCGACAAGGCAGGCGACGAGUUAUGUUUUAUUUUAUUAUUUUCGGUUCUUGUAUUAUAAGUUGUGUUGUUUUUUUUUUUUUUUUGUUGCCCUCGAGGGGAUUGCGAGAGAGGAGGAGGGGGGGGGGGGGGGGGGGGGGGGGGGGGGGGGUUGGAAGUCAGAAAAACCCUAAAGAGGACCAAUCUGGGCGAUGGCUCACGGGAAGGAUUCAGUGUGCUAAACAUAUCAGACUAACCUGUGUACAGACACCCCCUCCCCUCAAACAAAUCGGGGAGAAGAGGGGAGGGGGCGUCUGCACACAGACUAAGAUCAGAAAACUAAAUAGGCGAUCCGAUGAUUUCAAUUGAGUAGAAGAUGUUUACAUCAUAAUAGUACUUUCUCCCCAGAGUCAAAAGUUAAAAAUAUUCUUGAUAUAUCUUUUCCAUUGUUUCCGGGCUUCAAAGACUUUUAGCGCGGAGUUGUAAGACCAUAAUAUUUGUCAGUUUACCCGAUCUCUAUGUCUUCCAUGCGUGGGAGGGAGGCUGGGGAAAAGAAGGAUCGAAGAUAACCCCCUGCGGAAUUUUCAUGACCUCGAUUUUCCUUUCUUUUCUGUUUCCAUACAGGGGAUUUGUACCAUGAAUAAUAUGCAUCUUGACAAAACUGAAACAAGUUUAGUGUUUCAAGUUCACACCUUCGAAUCCCCCCAUUUUUAUGGUUAACCAUAACAAUUAUAGCCGCGGAAAAUGAUGCUUGUGUAAAUAUAAAACAAUGGAAAAGUAGUACAUGGUAUGCAUACAAAAGUUGAUCAAUUUGCUAUGUUAAUCAAUAUGCUGUAAGAAAACUGUAUUUCUAGACACCAGAGUUGUUGGUCCUCUUCUCACCAGUCCACCCAAGCUAGUCUCGGCCGAGUUAGAGACUUUCAUGCAGAGCUCUGAGGACAGUGGAGUAAUUCUGGUUUCAUUUGGUUCAACGUUAUCUUCAGUAUCAAGCGUCGAUAACACCAUUUUGUCGGUUAUGGUUAAUGCGUUCGCAAAAUUACCACAGAAGAUUAUAUGGAAGCUGUCUGAAGGUAAUUAAUACUGAUUUUCAGCUAGGAUUCGAAGUAAUCUCGUUUCCAGAGUCUGCGUUGCCCUUGCCCAGCGGAACGGGCAACGGGGAACUACUGACAGGGUAAAAAAAAACUGGCGAAGUAAGUUCAUUUCUGACUCAAAAAAAUCACCCCAAGCAAUCAGUUAUUCUCAGCAGUGUUUUCUAUACGUUUAUUAUAAUACUUAUUAAGUAAAAUAUAUUUUUAAAAACCACGACGUUUUAUGGCUUGUAAGAAAUUUAUUGGGUCAUGUGGCGGGAAACUAGUCAUGUGAUCGAAGAACUGGACCUUGUUCGACCAAGAAGCCGUGUAGUCGUGGAGCUGUCGGAACGAGUAUAUAGAUAAUCGAAUUUCUUAAGGUUAAUUGAUAUCGAUGAAUAUUUUUCAAGUAUAGAACAGAGUAUAGAAUUUUAAAAUGUUAACACGUGGAGAGAUAUGCUACGAGAAGAGUGAAGAAUUAAAUGCUAAAAUGGAACUUGAUUGCAUCACACAUAAUUUGUGACAUGGCGUUUGAUAAUCGUUUCUGCGGUUCCUCUAUUAAUUCUCACUUAACCUUUAUAGUUAAAGUAUUCUAAGAAGAGUUUGAUGCUGGUUACUCUCAACGUAACGGCACCCUUCUAAAUCUUGACAACUUGACAAAUUCUCGUCAAAUGCCAAGGAAAGGGUAGGCUAAGCACAGAGCCAUAAUAUGGUACAACUUUCAUGACUUUCACUUACUUACUGCGCGCUUAAGAUAAACCCAUCAACGCGAGUAGUUCUGUGUGCAUGAAACCCACGACGCCUUUGCGUCAGUCGAUAAUCGACUGUGCAGGCGUUGUCGAGAGAUGCAGAAACUUCAGGAUACUCGGAGUCUCAAGAAAGUAUUAUCUCCUGUGAAUUUAAAUGUAAGCGAGAGAAAAGAGAAGAAAGGUCGCCCGAGAACGCAAUAGGAUAGUGAGGAAUGUGAGCGAGGCUCGCACUUUGUAUUCUCGUACCUGAUUUUAGUCCUUUGCAGCCACUUUGCCUUCCUGGGGGGGGGGGGGGGAGAGGACUUAUAGACUAAAGAAUAAGUAUUUUAGUGUGAAAAUAGAGAAACCAAAGAAAAAAAAAAAGAAAGGGCGCGAGCCAAAACAGAAAGUGGAGGUAAAGGGGGGGGGAGGUCCCCCUCUUUUUAUUCUUUCUCAUCUUUUUCUUUCUCGGCCCCCUUUUUGCCUCCGGGGGGGGGGGGGGGGGGGGGCACACGGCCGGAGCUUAUACCGGUGUCCGUACCAUAAAGCACCUAGGAGUAUUGCUUCUGCCCCCUGGACGGGAUGCAAGUCCAUCGAAGGGUUACCCCCCAGCAGUAUGUCACCAGUACCCAUUUAUACACCUGGAUGAGACGGGGGAGGCUUGAACCUCAGACCUCCAGAUCCAGAGUUCGAGGUGUUAACCGCUCGGCCACACACGCCUCAACUCUAACAAGGUACUUGAUAUUUUUCUGAGUUUGCAUAUUAAUUGUUUAUCAUUUAUUCCUACUUCUAGCAGAAGCAAACUCUAUAGCACUCAGCGACAAUAUCAAAAUUGCAUCCUGGCUCCCACAGAACGACAUUCUCGGCCACCCUAAGACUCGUCUGUUUUUUGGACACGCCGGGCUUAAUGGAAUGUUUGAAUCCAUUUAUCAUGGAGUACCUAUGAUUUGUUCUCCCUUCUUUGGUGAUCAGUUUGAUAAUUCGCAGGCUGCAAAAAGUGCUGGUUUUGCUGAGAGUCUUAAUUUGGGAGAGGUCACGUCAGAAGAGUUGGUCAGCGUCAUUCGGACUGUGCUCACGGUUCCUCGGUGAGUUUUAUAAUUUCGUGUAAUCUUGUCAGCGUUAGAAAUCAAUCGGUAGCGUACCAAGAUAAUGGGCCUUGGAAGUGAGUGACAAAUGUCCCGGAAGGAGAAUUUGCAGUCUGGCACAAGUUGGACAAACCAUCCCCGGGCACCCCUGUAGGCGAAUAUCUUUCUUUACAUUUUUUGCCUUGUUAACAUAUGCUCAUCAUCAUUAUCAUUAUCUGAUGAAGCUAAUGAAAUAAAACCUCUGGGCCGGGUUGUUCAAAGCUGGGUUAAGAUAACGCAGGGUUAGUGUAAAAUUUGAAUUGAGAUAUGAGAGCUUAAAAAGUAAAUUCAGCUUAAUUCUUUUUGUCAACAAGUUGAUGAUUAGAUGUUCUUAAAAACAACAUAGAAAAUUAUCCAAGAACAUGCUUUUGAACAAAAGAAACGAAACCCGGGUUAAAUUUAACCCUUGGUUAAGCACUAAUCAGUCCGGGCCUUCGAACAACUAGGCCAUGAAGAUUAAAAGAGCAUAUCAAUUUCCGAUAUCUUUGAAAAUUUGAGCUCGAUAUAUCGAAUGGUUUCGGAGAAAUUCUCUUUGAAAAAUUCGAAAUUUUACAAAGAAUGUAUGGCUCAUUAACCCUUUUGCCACUCAGUAAUUUAGCAGUUUUCAAUGCCUGAUAUUUUCUUCAAUACUGCUGGCAAAGAGCUGCAAAUUGCACAAACUGUUCAAAUUAAUCAGCUCUGUCAAACUGGAAUUUCGUUUACGGGCCAUUCCGGGAAAAGAUUCGAUCACUUUCUUAAAAAGGGUCAAGUCGUUCAAAUACUUUUUAUUGUUUAUUUUUAGUUUUAUUUUCCAUACCAAAAUUUCUAGUAACACUCUCGAUUCACGCUGUGAUUACCUACUAGGAACUGUAUUCAAAAAAGCUGAUUUAUGUUACUCAUCAAAAUAAAAGCUGAUGCCAUAUUACAUGUUAAACUGCCUGCUGUCGUAAGAGCAUUAAUAGUAACACAUUUCUACUUAAAACCUUUUAAGCCUAAUGUUCACUUUUAUUUACAAUAAAAGCCAGCCUAGGCCGCUUGAGAACACAGGACUAUUUAGUGUUUCAGUGAGUGGGUUUCAGUUCAGUGUUUCCUGAGUGGGUACCAUUUUUUCCGCUUAAUAAAAGCUACUUCCAGGAAAACGUUCUGGGAGUAAGUCGGCCUCGUCGCGACGAAGAAGACGUCCACUGCAAUAUUUUUUACGACAUGCAACGUAACCGCUCUUACACUUCUGAGUACAUCUUGAGGUUUGACUAGGAUUUUUUUGGCACCCGAUGUGACAAGACCUUACGUCGUCGUCGCAGUUGCAGUUAGCAGUCACACUGGAUACCGCGGUCAACAGAAUAGAUACCAUAAUAAUAGACAGCUGAAUAGACAAAUGACACGUCUUCGAGUUCAUCUACCCCAAAAAAGAAGAAUAAACUGAAGUGAGUAUUAGUAUUAUUUACUAUUAACGAUUUUUACUGUGAGGCGGAUGAAUGCUUAUCAUGAUAUUCUAUUUUCCCAAUGGCCAACUAAAGGCGAAGAAUACUUUCCCACUUUCAAAUUCCACUCAGCAAUUAACCCUGGGGGAAAAACUGUUUACCUUGUAUUUCAUAUAUCGUCGGAGCCACCUUUGGUGUAAUUAAUGUGAUAUGAUCAAUAAACUCUCAUGGAUCACGAGGAAGAUAAGUUAAAUACAAAUGUAGGACAUUAAACAUUUGAGUUUUGAAGUCAAAAGAGACAGAAUACGAAAUUUGAACAUAGGAGUGAUCAUGCUUAUGUUCGAUGAAAUCAAUGACAACGUGUACAAGAAGAGGCAAAAAAAGUCAUCUGCGUUACAAUGAAGAAAACCGCCUGAAAUGCAGAGACACGAUCAGCUGGCAGUCAUGGUUAAAAAAGCUGAGUGGUCUGAAAAGUUAUUAUUGAUGUUUCUGCUAAUGCAACAAUGUACUCCUUACCUUGAGGAAGAGAUAUUCUCAGAGUGAGUAUUAGAUCACCACAACAACUUUCGUCCGAUUUUGCUAAUGGUGGAUUGCCUAGAGUUGACGCUACUUAUACAGUUGCGAAAGAAACGUAAUUUAUGCAGAAAGCUAUUUGCUAACAGAUGUUUGUAAAAAUAUAUUUAAAAACUUCGAUCCUAAAUGUAGGGGCGUCGUCAGAGGUUUUGAAAAGUAUGUCUAUGAAGCGUUAUUAUGUCCUUAACAUCAAAAUCAACACUAACACGCAAUCUAAAACAUUGACGGUGCUUAGAUCACAAUGAUAUGUAGCUUGCUUUCAUACUGUCCGCUUAACACAGAAACUUGCAAUUACUAACAAUAAACCAUUACUUUUAUUCAAUUGCCACUUCAGGAACCACCUUGGUGUUAGAACUGAGAUGUAAAAGCUGUUUUAAUGACUUAAAAUGUGUUCGGAGUUAUUUAAUAGUGGAUUACUGUACUGAAACGAAUUAAAUAAUUCUCAAAAUUCAUUUAGAUUUAGGAAACGGAAAAAUUUCAAGGUUAUCGCGAAUCGCACUGUAACACAAGGCAGGUGAAAAGAAAGACGAUGUCCGUUCAGAAUAACCGACUUUAAAAAAGCCAAAUUUUGUGUUCUCUUGUUCUGAGUUAUUCAAAGAGAAUUUGAGAAACAAAUUCUUCUUUAGUUUCACUUAGAAAUUUGAUCCGGCGAUCAUACUAGGGGCUUUUUGCUUGCCAUUUGCCCGGCAGGUGCCGGCUUUCCUUAGUUUUAUUCGAAAUUUUAUCAACAAAAGUCUUUGCACUUGUGUGAUGUUUUUAUCGUGAAGAAUAAUCGUUUUAAUUUUUUCUGAUUGGUUUCCAGUACUGUUUUCUUCUUUUUGAGUGCAGUUUGGGUUUUGGUUGUUUUCUUCAUCUUUUGCCUCUUCUUUUCAUCGUAUUUUUCUGCAAAAGAGCUAAGAAUAGCCUUCGACAGUUGGCUGCCACUCUUAACUGUUCUUGUUUGAAAGGAAUCGAUCAAAAAAGGAAGUCCUACUAAUCAUUUCAAGCACCGGAAGGAAUAUAGCAGCUGUUGCCAACCUAUUGUAGUUUUAAAGUAUUCGUUAAUCGAGCACUGAGGUCGAUAGCUAUGAAAGUUUUCUUCUUUUUUAACCCGUGAUGUUACGUUUAACAAAACGACCCAACCUAUUGUAGUUUUAAAGUAUUCGUUAAUCGAGCACUGAGGUCGAUAGCUAUGAAAGUUUUCUUCUUUUUUAACCCGUGAUGUUACGUUUAACAAAACGACAAUAUAUUUAUCCAGAGCGCCGCUGAAUGUACUUUACAAGUAAUAACUUCCUUUUAACUACGCAGAAAGCGCAACUUGUACGAAACAACCACUAGAGAGAUAUACACUUAAUUAUGAUAUAAUUUCCACUGAAUCAAAAACACAGGAUAUUCGAUUUAUUGCCGCUGCCUUUCAUUUUCAUUACAAAUUUAACCUUAAAACCAACACUCAGGAAGGCUUGGUUGUAUCGUCAGUGGUAUAUGUAUGCACUAUAGAUAUAACAAUUAAACUAAAUGAAUUAGUUCACAACUUAAUUGUGCCUUUAUUACAAUGCAAACGAUCAUUUUGCUUAAUUUCUUUUUUGCUGAUUGGCGCGUCUGUUGAUUUACUCUGAUCAUUCGUCUUUAAUCGAUCUGUAUGUUCUGUCCGUUUUGUCACCGCCUUAUUCGCGAGAGAGACAUUAAUAGGCUUUUGUACAUUACGCCUUUGUUACCUCACUAAUAUGCUCCUGCUUAAUGCUCCAUUUUCCAGCUAAAAUAUAAGGUUCGGUCACCUCCCUCCCACCCCCGUCAAAAAAGUCACUGCUGAUUGCACAGAUAAUGCUUAUCAUAUAAUGACUUUUCCGUUAAUCCUAAACAGUUUAACAGGGAAACGUAAUCGAAAACCUUUAAGUGAUAUAGCAACAAGGUAUAGAAGUUAGUAGUCAGUUUAAUACAGCAAAAAAUAAUCUUCUAAAGGGUUGUAUUAGGGUGGCAUUUUAAUUUCUUUUCUUUAUUUAUUUUUUUUCGAAUAAAGAGUUUAGUCUGAAAAAAAUAAUGUUCCAGGAAAAUAAACCUUAAGUGCUGGAAUAAUGCUUAAAGCUUUCGCCUCACAAAAAUUCUUGAAAAAUGCUAUGAUCUUCUUGGUCUGUCGAUUUUAAUAACCCUUUUUUCUCAAAUUAGAAAUACAAGAAGUUGCAGACCUUUACAUUGUUAAACAGUAAAGAGCUGCCGAGUAAAAAAACAUAUCGUUUUUAAGUUCUGGGGUAAUUUAAUACCGUUGCAAAAAGAAAAAAAGUCAGACGUCCUAAUGAAAAAUAUGUUUCUUUUUACUCAGAAGUGACUGGAGUAAAUUAGACAAUAAUACUAUCCAUCUGCGUUCAACUUUCAAGAGCCCUCUAAGCUUCUUGACCUUUUCUAAUCUAUUCCUCAUAAAUUGUCACAGGAAUUAAAUUAUCUUUCUUGCACUUAUGGAACACGAAUACAACCUGCUUCGUAUAUUUUGCUGUUUGCGAAGAGAAAAAUGUUUGGCCGUGGAGGGUUUUUUUGUCUUCCCCGUCAAAUCUCCAAAUUGCUGUAGUUUUUCGCGAAGGACUUCGCCUGACCAGUUGAACGCGGCACCGAAUGUGUUGUUGAUAAACUCUCCUAAAGCGGACAAAAACCUGAUUUUUCGUCCAUAUUAAAAUUUUUUUAAUAUGCCUAACAACGUAAGCAUGAAAUUCCUUUCUUUAGACUCAAACUGGUAUAAAUUGUUCGAUUAAAACGCACUCAUUCGUUCAUGUAAUGGAUGAAGUUCAUCUAAGUUGUAUAGAUGGAGAACCGAUUCAUCAGUUCAUUUGUGAAUUCCCCCAAAAAAUCAACAACUACAACAACAUAAAAAAUGGCGUGAUUUGUAAUAUUUUUCUUGGUGAGAAACUUAUGGUAAAACGAUGGCAUUUGCUUUAGUUUUGAUUCCUCCUUUUGUAAUGGUUAUUGUUGCUUGUGUGUCCUUACGACACUGCGUGGUCUGAUAAAUCGAUUGACGAAACCCGGUGAAAAUGACCUAUGAACAGCUGACUCCGCUAGUAGUAAGACGAUCUGAGGAAAAAGGCUUACAGGGCGUGCCAAUUAUUUUGAAGUUCAAUGUUUUAAAUGAGAGCAAAAAACAUUCCUUACAAAAAUUGGCAGGGGUUAAAAUCGUGUCGAAGCAGUUUGGUGUUUUUAUUUAGUACAAAGGAUUUUAUCCCGGCCAUGAUGCUAUAAUGACAGCUCACGUUCAUUGUUACAAUAGAUCACAGACAUAAAAACGUGUUGAAUUAACGCAAGUAAAAGAAAAUACUUAAACGUUUUCUGAGAACGUGGGCGGCUAGGACGCGAAUGUCUACCACUUAUUUAGUUCAAAUGUCAAAUUUCUGAAAGGUGAAAACAAGUUGUAAUCCUCACCUACAGACAUUGGUUGCAAGUGAGGCCGACGACUUUGAAAAAAAAAAAAGAUAUCAUUUACGUUCUUCGACUAAAAUACUUAAUACGUCUGCCGUUUGCCUGGAUAUAACUUAAGGGCCUAAUUUUUCAAACGUUAAAUAGCGCUAUCCAUCAGGCCUCGGUUGUUCAAAAGUUCAUGGAAAGCGCUAUCCACCGGAUACAUUGCUCUCCAGAGGAUAAGAAUUACGGAAACCAAUUGCGUUAUCCUUUGCAUAGUAAUUUACCCAGUGGAUAGCGCUAUCCACCUUUCUAACAACGGGGGCCAGAUAAAUAACUUUAUUUUUCAUUCAAAAUAAUUAUUUCUCCGUUUCUGUUUGGCUCAAAUCCCCUAGCCUGAGUAGUAGUCGGGUCGUUUUGGUGUAUGCUUCGUAAAGUAAGCAAUAUAGCGGGGCGAAAGCUGCUCGCUCGAAAGCUGAACAGAGCGAAGUCGAACGAUGGGGCCGAAGGGGGCGAGAAAAGAAGACAACAGAAAAACAGCCCGCACUCCCCACAUUCAACCCUAUCACAGGGAGAUUUCAGGUCUGGUUGGAUUAUAAUAAAUGAAUAAAGAUUGUAACUUGCUUUAUCAUUGAGUGGACAUGGGUGAGGGUCUGGGGGGGGGGGGGGGGGAAAAAAUGCCGGUGUCAGGUAAAAAUUUGGCCUGUUGGUAAAAUAACCCUGUAUUUCAUAAAAAAAAAAUUUUAGGUUUUGUCCCUAAAUUUGGCUCUCAAUCAUCAUUUUUCUAUUCCCCGGGAGUCUUCCCAACGAACUUCCCAGGACAAAAAACAACUCCCCUCGUACCCAACUCCAGGUUAUUUUUAAAAAAGAAAGAAGAUGUGGUAUGGGUGUUUUUGGGUGGGGGGGGGGGGGGGGGGGGGGGGGGGGGGGGGGGGGGUACAAAUGCCAGUUGUCAGUUAAAAUUUUGGCCAUUUGUAAGAUUAACCUGUCAUUCAGUAAAUAAGAUAUUUCAGUGUUGGCACUAGAAUUGGACUUCAAGUCUCUUAUUUCCUAGCUACCGUGAGUCUGCCAAACGAAUCUCCAAGUCAAUAAAACAGUUGCCUCGUACACCAGUCCAAGAAGCCGCUGACUGGAUAGAAUACACGCGGGCUCAAGGUGGUUUGCCAUAUCUCAGACCGAGAGGACUGGAUCUACCGUUCUACCAGCUUUAUCUGUUGGAUGUCCUCUUACUCAUACUUAUGGUUGCUUUGUCUUCUUUUAUCAUUGUAAGGUUUCUUUUUAGAUUCAUUAACAGCUUGUUUAGGGUUGAAACAAAGGAAAAGACACUAUAA